UUGCUGUUUGGACUGCUGUGGUUUGCAGCUGUCAUUUACUGAGCAGAAUUGGCUUCUACUGGAGUCAAACCAGGAGGUUUCCCAGGUAACCUCUCAGCGUGUCAAAUUCCUGACAUCAAUCAGAGGUACCUCUCCGUGCUAUCCAGGUAAGGCUUAGAAUUUGGUGUUAAUUAAAACUGAGUCACCGAGGCAGCAGCAAAUGGAAAUUCAAGAGCACUAAAAGGUUUCACAGGAUCCUCAGAGGAGGUCACAGGAAAAAACCAAAAAAAAAAAAAAAAAAAAAAGAAGUACCUAAAGUCCCUGUGUGGAUGUGGAUGGUGAUGUAAAAGGAGUCAGAAGGUAGGAAUGUACAGGGAGGGUUCAGCCCUUCCACAACCAUCAUCUUUCUGCAGAGGUGACACUGCAUUUAAACCUCUGCUGUCACCCUCAGAGCCAGUUCUUCCCCUAUGCAGUUAUUUAAGACUAAAGGCAUUGCCUCUGGGCAAAUCCAGCAUUGGGCUGAGGUGGAGUGUUCAGGAUCCAGCCCCACGGUGCUGCACAGGGAGCUCACCUGUCCUGCCCUUGGGCCAGGCAGGCUGCUCUGCCCUGUUCCUAGUGAGGCAUAAUCCAAUAUUCUGCAUCCCAGGAGCUUGGGUGGGGGUAAAGAGCUGUUUAUUGGGACAGGCUGUAAGUCAUGAUGCCCUGUGUGACCAGGUCACGGGCUGUCUGCUCUCAUGCCUGUCUCACAGAGGGCCAUGGCACUUGUGUGCCACAAGAGAUGGAAAUCAAACCAUUCUGUGGCUCUUACUGGUGCAAAGAACCCCUGUGAUGUGUGUUGGGAUUGGUUUGGCUUUUCCUGGUCUUUCACUUGGCAGUGAUUACAGGAUCCUCUGUGCCCCCCAUUUUGGGGGGGACAUAAACUCCCUGCUGGCAGAGCCAUGUCCUGUACCUGCUGAGUGAGCCCUCGCUGGCUGAUGGCCCCUCAAACACUUGUGUUGUUUGCCAAUUCUAUCCCCCACUGAGACUAUCUCAUGAUUGUCCCAAUUUCAGGGGUUUUUUUUACCUCUAUCCACUUGCUCCCCAAUUACUCUCCUCACUUUCAGUGCCCCAAAUGACAGGGCUGUCAGGGAGUGACUCAUGAGCAGAGUCUGAGCUGAAAGGUGCAAUUUAGGAGGCUCAUGUCCCAUUUGUGGGGAAUUUAGUGCUGCCAAGAGCCCGGCAGGGAUCACUGAUUUAGCUCUUCCUAUAGACCAAACCCCAGCACUCACUGCUGAACUGCUGGAGCCUCUCUCCAGGGAAAAAGCUGUGGCUUUUUUUUCUGUGGGGUCCCUGCCCAGUUUCCAGUGAUGGAUGGGAAACUGCUACUUGGAGGCUGCAUCCCAGGAGAACUUGAGUAAUUUCCUCCUGAAAGCUUUUAAAACAGGGACUUGCUUCCAAGGUAAGGCAGCUAAAAUCUUAUUGCUUGCCAGGCUUCUCAAUAUAGUGGUGGCAUAAGGGUGCCUGGGUGUGGAAAUCUUACUUUAACCUGAUUUCAGGGAGCAGUUGGCUGAGAUUUUAGUUAAGAUUUAAAACAGCCUGGGACACAUCAAAUAAAAAAAAUAUAUUUAGAAGCUUAAAAGUUGACUGAGCACAAAGUAAUGAAAAAAAAAAGGGUUAUAAUGACAAGGAAUAGGUAAGUAGCCUCGGCUCUAAUGAAGCAGGGUGGAAAUUAUAUAUAAAUAAAUAAAAAUAUAUAUAUAAAUACAGAGCCAUUGCCAGCUUGCUGUGAAUGCCUCACCUGCCAUUUGCAUCUCCUGAUUUACAGUUACAAUUUGGCUUUGGAGUGAAAUGUUUUCUACCCCCAGCUCAAGUGGAUGAGUGAUCUGCAACUAAGUCUGGUGUUUAUUACAGUCAUCCUGCUGAUAGCCUUGUUCUCCAUCAUUUCAAGGUUGAGAUCUUUUAAAAAGAAAUACUUAUUUUGAAAAGAAAUACCUAAAAACUAUUUCCUUUGGCCCCAGUUCAGACUGUGCAGAUAAAUGACUCUGAGGGGAAGGUAAGCAGUUUAAGCUCAGUGAGAGAAGAUGUGAGUGCAGCUCCGAGAUUGGCACACCUGCCUGGGAUUGCCCGUUUCAAAAUGAGAAAUUUGCUUCUCAAGGUGCACUUGCUUUUCUUUAUGAAAGUAAAUGUCAGUAAGAAAGAAUGAUUUGAUUGCAACUGGCUAUUUUUAGGGUGUGUUUUCUUCCACAGCUCCUUUCUCCCAGCUGAAAACCAACUGGGAUAUUCAUUUGGAGAUGAACCCCUCCGAGGUAUGUCACAUAAAAUAUCAUGGAAAUAUAGAUGGAUGAAGAAGUUAAAUACUGGAAGAGUAAGUUCUAUUACCUUAAUUCACAAAUAUCCCCUGAGUCCCCAGCUCAAGCCCUGCAUGGCCCAGACCAAACACCUCCUGCACCACUCCCUGUGGAACUGGGAAUGGGGGGUUUGGGGUGGCUCUGAAAGAGAAGCCAAGAUGAGCCCCAAUUCCCAUGGGCUGUGCACGGGGUCCCUGUGGAACAGCAUUUCAGUUUUUUAGUCAGUGGUUCCCUUCCUGGCUCUCUGAGGCAGAGGAUGAUCCAUCAAUUUCUCCCUCCCUAAUUUCUCAGACACACAGACCAAUGUCCUGUUCUUUUUGCCAUCCUUCAGAGGCUGUGCUUUGCCCCUGGGACUUUCUCACUUUUCAGCAGACCAGGGGUCAUUUUCCAAGGUGGGAAGCCUUGGGAACUGGGACCCCUGGGAAGUCUCUGUUGUUGUGCCAUUACUGAGCUCAGGACAAGGGAAGAACAAAUUUUUCAGCCCUUAGCACAUGGAAUGUUCUUGAUGCACAGCUACAUGCUCCUGCUGUUCUUCCCAUCUCUGAAGUUUGCUUGUUUUUGUUCCAGCCUUAGAGGAUUCUGUGAGGAUAUUUUACACAAGACAAAUGAAGACAUCAAGAUGACAAACCCAGCGGGUUGUGCACAGGGGUGAGGCAGUGGUGGCUGCUCCAGGGGAUUUCUUCCACGUGCUCAACAUAAAAAUGAUGGCAUCGCUUCAUAAGGGCUUGGAACUCCUUCUCUAACCAUGGAAAACUGAAUUUCUCUUCCCAGAGUGUGAUAAGGGACAGCCCUGUCAUGGCAUGACCAAGAACUUCUGCCUCAGAUCAUCAGAGACCCGUGGAAAAGCCAAGCUCCAGCAGGGCACGUUGGAACACAAGGAGGAGAAUGGACUCCAACUCUUCGUGGGAGUGGCCUCACUUGGAUUUGCUGAAUUACAGCGGGACGUACAAGUACCUUUACCUGGAAGGGAAUGUCUCCUACGUGGACUUCUACCUCCACCAGCCUUGGGUGGCUGCUCUCUUCAUCACCUCCUACCUGCUCAUCUUCCUCCUCUGCAUGGUGGGCAACGGGGGGGUUUGUUUCAUCGUCCUGUGGAGCAGGCACAUGCGCACGGUCACCAACCUGUUCAUCCUGAACCUGGCUGUCAGUGACUUGCUGGUGGGGCUCUUCUGCAUGCCCACCACCCUCCUGGACAACAUCAUUGCAGGGUGGCCCUUUGGGAGCCUGGUGUGCAAGAUGAGUGGGAUGGUCCAAGGCAUCUCUGUUUCUGCCUCUGUCUUCACUCUGGUUGCUAUUGCCGUGGACAGGUUCCGGUGCAUCGUGCACCCCUUCAAGCCGAAGCUGACCGUGCCCGCCGCCGUGGCCACCAUCGCGGCCAUCUGGGUGCUGGCCGUGGCCAUCAUGUGUCCCUCGGCGGCGCUGCUGCGGGUGCGGCAGGAGAAGCGCUUCCGCCUGCUCCUGGGCGCGGGCAACGCCACCCGCCCCGUCUUCUGGUGCCGGGAGGAGUGGCCCCAGCCGGCCAUGAGGAAGGUCUACACCACGGUGCUCUUUGCCAACAUCUACCUGGCUCCGCUGUCGCUCAUCGUGCUCAUGUAUGCCAGGAUCGGCGUUUCCCUGUGCCACGGCGCCGUGCCCGGGGCGGGGAAGCGCGGCCGGGAGCGGCGGCGCGGCGCCUGGAAGAGGAAGCGCAAAGCCAUCCAGAUGCUGGUCCUUGUCACCUUGCUCUUCGCCCUGUCCUGGCUUCCCCUGUGGACCCUGAUGCUGCUGUCGGACUACGCCAGCCUGUCCGACGUGCAGCUGCAGCUGAUCAACAUCUACAUCUACCCGCUGGCUCACUGGCUGGCCUUCUCCAACAGCAGCGUCAACCCCAUCAUCUACGGCUUCUGCAACGAGAGCUUCCGCCGCGGCUUCCAGGCCGCGCUCCGGCUCCAGCUCUGCGCCAGGCCCGCCGCUUCCCAACCAGCCCCGGGCAAUGCCGCCCUGCCCGCCGGGCCCUGCCCGCCGCCCCGCACCGAUAAGGGAGGAAGCGGGGUGAAUAAACAGCAGGAUUUGCUCAUGGAGGAGCUCAAAGGCAAUGGGAUGGAGUGAAAGGCGCUGUGGUUCUGGGAAUCUCUCUGUUCUCCCGGAAACAGGGCUGCUUGAACCCUGUUUGUGGUCACAUUUCAUUCCUGUGAGGAAUCCCUUGUCCUGUAACUCAUGCUGACACGGUCUGGCACCCAGCUGCCCCUGGAUUUUCUUGCGGUCCUGCUUCUUGCCAGACAUUGUGAAAGCCAGCUGAGUCCUGCUCAAAUGACCAAAUUUAGUGUUUUCCGUCACAUUCCACUUAUUCCCCUUGGUUGCCAUUAUUUCUGUCAUGUCCAUUAGUAUCGCAGCUAGAGAAACAAGUGGCAAUGGAAAUUGGAGAAAUAAAGGAUAAAAAAAAUG